AUGUCUUCACCAAAGACGGUCCGUUGGGGUAUCCUGGCGACAGGAGGUAUCGCCCUCACCUUUACCAGGGAUUUGCUCUGCGAUCCCACGACUCGCGGCGUGAACCAUCUCAAGCACACGGUUGUUGCCGCCGCGUCGUCGACGUCGGAAUCGCGCGCCAAAGACUUUCUCAAGGAGGUCGGAGCGCCGUCGGACGCAAAGGCAUACGGAUCGUAUGAGGAGUUUGUCAAGAACCCAGACAUUGACGUUGUGUACAUUGCCACGCCGCACUCGCACCACUACCAGAAUGCCAUGCUGUGCUUGGAGGCGGGCAAGAAUGUGCUGUGCGAAAAGGCCUUUACCGUCAAUGCUGCCCAGGCACGGAAGCUUGCCGAGGUUGCCAGGUCAAAGAACCUGUUCCUGAUGGAGGCGGUAUGGACUCGCUACUUUCCUCUGUCGAUAUACGUGCGUGAGCAAAUCACUGCUGGACGCAUCGGACCCGUCACGCGCGUCCUCUCCGACAACAGCAUGGCGCUCGACCCCGAGAAGAACUUUGCCGAUGGCAAGAACCGUAUGGUCAACCCAGACCUGGCUGGUGGCGCCCUGCUUGAUCUCGGCAUCUACGCUCUGACCUGGGUCUACCAGACCAUAUACCACACACAGCCUGAGAAGACACGCCAGGCGCCCCAGCUGCAGGCCUUUGUCAAGAACUACGAGCCGACCGGAAUGGCUGAUGAGCACAGCACCGUGAUUCUACGAUUCCCGCGCUCAAAGGAAGAAGGCGGUGAGGCUCAUGCUGUAGCCACAACGUCUAUUCGCGUGGCUACGUCAUAUGGGGGAAACAUGGACGCACCGUUUGUUCGUAUCCAAGGACCAUUGGGCGAGAUCCAAGUGUUUGGGGCGUCGUUCCGGCCUCUCUCGACCAAGAUUAUUACCAAGGACGGCAAGGUCGAGUCCAAGGAAUUUCCCAUCCCAGGCCCAGGUAAGGGAAGCGGCUGGUACAACGGCUUUGGUGGCUCACUACAAUCAGAAGGAGAGGGUCAGGGCAUGUUCUGGGAGGCGGAUGAGGCAGCUGAUGCCAUCAUCAACGGCCGGAAGGAGGGCAGGUUCCUGGGCCUGGAUGAGAGCGUCUUGAUCAUGGAGGCUAUGGAUGAGGUAAGGAAACAGGGGGGGCUGGUAUACCCUGACAAGAUUGAGACAUUGGACUACCCUACGCAAUUGUAA